AUGCCGGUUAUACGUAACCCCUUCCGCAGGACUCCCGCUGCUCCUCCAACCACCACUACCACAGCUUUCAACAAUGUCUCCUCCGACUCUGUAAUCACCGAGAAUCUUUCCCAGUCGCAGUCGCAGGUCUCGCUCGGAUACGAGGAUAAUGCGCGCCCGAGGACUACUCUGGCUGGGUCAAAGCCGAAGGGUAGUGUAAGCGCGAUCAGCAUUCCAAAGGCAGAUGAUGAGGGGUACAAGUUGAGUGUCGUAAACGACAGCGGAGUCUACCUUCCCCCCUCCCCCCCGGAGAAGAAGAGCUUCUGGAAGAAAUCCGAAAGCUCCUCCCACAGCUCCAAAGUCCGGACCCCACCCUCCGAAGAGGAGCAAUUUGUAAUCCCGCGCGAGUCCUUUGAGUGCUACCGUCGCUCAUUCGACAUCUCCGCGCGCUCCCCGGUCACGGACAUUGCGCCGUCCCGGGGCUCUUUCGACCUGCGGCCCGCUACGCGCGCGUCGCUGGAUGUGCGCCCGACAACUCGCGCGUCUCUCGAUGUGCGCCCUUCGCGCGCCACGCUGGAGGAUGCGUUCGAGGAGGUGAAGCUCACGGAUGAGGCGGCAAGGCCGAAGAAGAGGAGCAUCUUUUCGAGGUUUGGCGCGGAUCAUGGGGCGGGGAGAGAUGCGGUGGUGAUGGGUAGGAAGGAGGCUAUGGUGGAGGUUGCGGAGAGUGAGUUGAGGCCGAUUACUGCGGGCAGGGAUUAG